AUGUUUACAAAGCAAAAAUAUUUGAUAAAUUUACUUAUCGGAAAAACUAAUCUAAUUAAACAAUGUGGAAGGUCAACGCACGUUGGUUCAUCUAUUUUCACGCUGCCAGAAUCACAUGAAAUGCUUCGAAAAACAUGCCGUGAUUUUGCGGAACAAGAGUUAAAACCAAUUGCUUCACAGCUCGAUAAAACACAUCGAUAUCCAACAGAAAUUGUUAAAAAACUUGGCGAUCUUGGUCUCCUGUGUGUUGAAGUCAAGGAAGAAUAUGGCGGCUCUGGUUUAGAUGCACUUGCUUAUGCUAUUGCUAUGGAAGAAAUAUCACGUGGAUGUGCAAGCAGUGGUGUUAUCAUGUCGGCUCAUAACUCUCUUUAUAUUGGACCUAUUUUAAAAUAUGGCACUCAAAAACAAAUCGAUGAAUUUAUUAAACCAUUUAUAAACGGUGAUCGUGUUGGAUGUUUUGCUCUUUCAGAACCUGGUAAUGGAUCUGAUGCAGGUGCAGCAAGUACUACUGUUAAAGAACAUGAUGGUUCAAAUUAUGUGAUGAAUGGUACAAAGUCAUGGAUUACAAAUGGCUAUGAAUCAGAAGCUGCAGUUGUCUUCGCUACAACUGAUAAAUCACUUAAGCAUAAAGGCAUCAGCGCAUUUAUUGUCAAGAAACCAACGCCAGGUUUAUCAUUAGGCAAGAGAGAAGAUAAAUUAGGUAUACGAGCAAGUUCAACGUGUAAUCUUAUAUUCGAUGAUUGCGUAAUACCGAAAGAAAACUUACUUGGUAAAAAAGGCGAUGGAUUCAAAAUUGCAAUGACUACACUCGAUUCAGGUCGUAUUGGUAUAGCAGGGCAAGCACUAGGCAUUGCUCAAGCAUCGCUUGAUUGCGCACUCGACUAUGCACAAAAACGGCAAGUAUUCGGUAAACAAUUAACACAGCUGCAAGCUAUACAAAUGAAAUUAGCUGAUAUGGAAAUGCGUUUACAAUCUGCUCGUUUCCUAACGUGGAAAGCUGCAACAUUGAAAUCUUCGGGUCAGCCGUUUACAAAAUUUGCUGCUAUGGCAAAAUUAUCUGCAUCGGAAUGUGCAACGUUCAAUGCUCAUCAAGCUAUUCAAAUUUUAGGCGGCAUGGGUUAUGUUAGUGAUAUGCCUGCUGAACGUCAUUAUCGUGAUGCACGUAUAACAGAAAUUUAUGAAGGAACAAGUGAAAUUCAACGAUUGGUUAUUGCUGGCAAUCUUAUCAAAGAACAUAGUGCAACCAAUACGUAA